GGUGAGAAUCGCCCAGCCAGGCAGUCCGCUCGGCCGCUUGUUUCACGGCCGCGUUGGGAAAGGCGAAGCUCUCUUAUCGCGACGCGGAGAGCAAACAGACUAAACCGUCUGCGGAGGAAAGAGCUCAGGUCCUCUUCCCCUUUUCCUUUCAUGGGCGGCUGUUGCUGCUGGCCAAAGCAGAAGCCAUCCCGACGGACGUGACACGGUAGAAAUGGCACUGCAACCGCCUCCCUCGCUGACUUGCCCGGGCCACCGUGCUCAGCCGGCCCCGUACGUGCACAGCAUCCCUUCGGACGUGCUGGGGAAGUUCUGCGAGCAGAUGGACUGCCUCAACGAUUACGACUGGAUGCGCUUUGCAUCCCAUGUGAUAACUGAUCAGACUGAGCUGCGGAAAAUCAAGUGCAUGGAGAAGACGGGAAUCAGUAUAACAGGAGAGCUGAUGUGGUGGUGGGGAGUGAGACUUGCAACUGUUCAGCAGCUGUUGAAACUCCUGAGUGAACUGCAGUUUUAUCGGGCUGCCAAAAUCAUUGCAGAUUGGAUGUCACUCCAUUUUUCUACUGAUUCCAUCAGGACUCCUUUAGACCCCACUCUGCAGGAGAAUGCAUCACUCCAUCCACGUGGGAACAGAGAUGAAAGCAUAAAAAAUGGGACCAAAAUAUCUCUACCACCAAAUUCAGUCCACUCAGAUCCUGUUUUGAAAGCAGGCCCAGACUGUCUUUCUUUAAUCCCACCUCCAACUUCCAUGGACCUUCCACAUUCUUUACAGUCAAAUCCUCCUAUUUCAUCAAGUGUUAAGCCCUGCAGUUCAUCUCCUCCUCAGCAGGAAUCACUUCAUAAUCUCCCUAGCAGAAGCCUUGUGUGGACCAAAGAUGAAGUUGAUAUUGCCACUAAUGGUUUCAGUGAGGAGAACCGAAUUAAUGAAAGUAUUUUUGCUGAUGUUUUCAAAGGCCAGAGACAAAAUGCUCUGUAUGUUAUUAAAAGACUAAAAGAGAAGGAAUGUGAAAACCAGAAUCAGACAAAAAGAUUCUUUCAUACUGAAGUACAGAUCUGUUUUCGGUGCUGUCACAAUAACAUUCUGCAUCUUCUGGGCUUCACUAUAGAAAGGGAAUUUAACUGCCUAAUAUACCCAUACAUGCCUAAUGGAUCAUUGACUGACAGAUUACAGUGCCAGGGUGGUUCUGAACCGUUAACAUGGGAGAAACGCCUUAAAAUCUCUAUUGGACUUAUUCAAGCUAUUCAGUAUUUACACAAUUUUGGAAUUCUUCAUGGAAAUGUGAAAAGUUCCAAUGUUUUGCUGGAUGCAAACUUUGUUCCAAAACUUGGACAUUCUGGCCAUAGACUGCAACCUCUGGAGAAAAAAACUGAGAAUGGAGGGAUGAAAACCAAAGUCAUGCAAGCUUCCCUCGCUUACUUCCCAGAAGAUUUCAUUAGGCAUGGGCAGCUAACUGAAAAAGUGGAUAUAUUUAGUUGUGGAAUAGUUCUAGCAGAGAUACUGACUGGCAUUAAGGCAAUGGAUGAAAGAAGGGAUCCCAUUUUCCUGAAAGAUGCCCUCCUUGAUGAAAUCCAGGUGGCAAAGGAACUAACCUGUUCCAAGAAAGGAUCUUUUGAGAACCUAGCUGCCAAAGAAAUAUGUUUCAAGUAUCAAGAUAGGCAAGCACUCCACUGGCCAGCAACAUCUGCCGUUUGUUUGGCCACUGCUGCCUGUGUGUGUUUGCGGAAAAAGAAUCCUGAUAUGGCAGAGGUGAAUGCACUUAUGGAAACUGCAGAUCAUCAAAGACAGUAUCAGAUGAUGUUGGAGGAAAGGGGAUAUCCUGGACACUCUCUCAACACCCCUGAAGAAACCAAUGAUGAACCAGCCUGCCCCUUCAACAACGGCUUCUCAGAUGACAACUGUGAUGGAAACAUGAAUGCUGGAUCAUUAAACUAUGUAGAUAUGUUACCUCCAUUAAUAAGAGUCACAUCUGCAGAAACAUACUCUGAGCAAAUGUUACGGAUCCCUUGUGAAUCUGAUGAAUCAAGUAACUUUUCUUGGGAUCCUAUAAGGGAUGGUGCAUACCAGCCACCAACCAAUGGCCUUCCAGAUCCAGAAAAUAUUUUUCCCCUCGAGUUUCAUACAAAUAAUCCAGAAUACAAUGACGACAUCACAGCAAAAUCCACAGUCUCAGAAGGACACAUUCCAUCUCAAGAAGCACCCGUUUCUUCAAAAAGAACUCUCUUAAAUACAGAAAAUUCAAGUGAUACCUGUUCUUCACAAGCAUCAGCCAAAGAAACUUCUAUGGAAAUAAAGAUCAAUGAACAAAAAAAGAAGAUGAUGCAAGAUAUUUUACUAUAUAAAGAAAAAAAGCUAAACACUUCUGAACUUUUGAAUCUUGACUAAAUUAUCAACACUGCCAUUUUCAGAAGAAACUCCUUUUUUGGCAUCAGUUACAGCAAAAUACUUUGUAAAAAGUUUUGUUGGAUACAGUACGUUUCAAAUUAUAUUGAAUUUAUAUGAAAUAAAUGUUUGAGGUAAUUAGGGCCAGGAAGAGGCUCUUCUUUGAUUAACAGCCAUGAUCACAAUGCAUUUGGUAGACAUAGUCCUCUGGAAGCCAAAGGAGUACAUCGUUUGACCUGGCUGAAUGAAUGGAAUUUACUGACAAGUAUUGUGUUUUUGAGGUGAUAUGGAUCUUUAUCACCUGUUGUCUGAUUUGUAAUGGCUCACACACAGGUAACUUACCACCUGAUGCAGCAGCCAUCAAGUGAUAAGCAUGCAGCUGUGAAUCAGCCUUCUAUCUGACCAAAUCAACAGCAGGCAUUACUGGUUCUCUAGGCUUUAAGUGUGCUUGCGGUCAGUUGUACCUGGCACGUUUACAAGUAAUAAUAACUCUUUCUGUAAAACAAAAUAGCCAAAGAUGCCUAAUCAAAUACCAGAAUAUUCGAAAGACCAUAUUAGAGUUUAUGGCUGCAUGAAGAAUGACCAAGAGGGCAUGCUACCUUUUGCAAAAUUGUUGAAAAAUACGUGCUGCUCUAAAGUGCUGUAUAUGCAGGUUUUUAAAGUAUUUUGUUCUUUAUAGAGAUGCCUUGGAUUGAGUCAUUCAAAUAAUCAAUGUGCAAUCCUAUUUUGAUUUAUUUACUGUAAAACUGCAGCCUGAUUUUAGUUAAAAGUUGACUUGACCUUGAGUGAAAAAUUAAACGGGAGCUGCUUGUUUGCAAUGUUCCAUUUUGCAUAUGGUCAAACACUGCAGGAUUAUGCCCGGAUAUUCUGAUCCAACAAGGAUCAUCAGUAACUUACAGAAACAGGCUUGUGCAGAAGAAUACUUCUGGGAUAACCCUGCACUUUACAUGCCAGUAAACUGACAGUAGAUGUUUUCAGUUCUUGCAGUACUAAUCAUCUGUUUGGGGAGUGGGAACUGGAUCCAUCCAACAGGUGAUCAGCAAUGUGAGGCAACAGUGACUGUAAUCAAAAGGAACUUAAUAGAACUUUCCUAUUCAGAAGCAGUGUAUCUUCUGAGGAGACACUUGAAACAAACGGGUAUUGCAAUUGCCCUUAGCUUGUAUACUUCCCUGAAGGAUGUGGCUGCCUACUGCUAAAUUGGUUGAAGUGACCUAUGGUCCAAUCCAGUAGAGUUUUCAUGUUAUGAUUCCUGCAAUGGAUCACUGAAUUUGGUUGUACCACGGCAGGGGAAUUUCUGGAUUGAAGUUGUAGUAGGCGGUUUACAUAGUAGAGGAAAAAUAUUAACAUUAGUUCAAAAUAAUUAGGGAAAGCUUGAAUGAAUAUGCACAUCUUCAAGAGUGUUUUUAAUGAGUACUAAUGUUUUCUAAUUUUAAAGAACACUUGGGUGAACCCAGCCACUCUAACUCAGCAAAGUUUUGAAACCUUCCUUCAGCCUAAGGAGCCUCUCUCUGAUUAUAGUUGUUCUUUAAUGGAAGGAACCACUUAGAAUGGAGAAAGACUUCAAACUCUGCACAGCAGAGUGGCUGGAUCAGGGGCAGAUGGCAGGGGGGACCCCAGCUCUGUCACCCUCAGAGAAAGAAGGAAGGGCCUGCCUGGCCAGCAGAUACCUAGGCAAGGCAGUUGGGUAGGGGGAGACCAGAACAGGCAGUCCUGGGAUUGGGUGGCCAGUCCGCUCCAUGCUGGACCUACUACACUGUCUAUUCCAGCAGUGCAAUGAAAUUCUUCUCAGUGAUAUAAAGCAUAUCCCGGGAUGAAGUUGCUACUCUGCAAAUCAGCUUUCUGUUUCUUGCAAGAUAUUUCCCAGUCAAAAAGCAUUAAUUGCACCCACUGAAUAGAUAUGUCAAAAGGAUGGGGCAUCAUCAACUAUAUUUCUAAAUGCUGUAAAAUUUCUAAAUGCUCUUUUACUAGCAAGCUCAUCUUGUAUAAUAUUCAUUGACAAGGUUUGUAUUUAUGGAUAAAUAAAUAACACAUUUUA